CUUAGAUUUUCUUUCGCCUGUGGACCUUUGGAUAGCCGGGGAAAUUUCAAUUAAUGGCAAUUUUUGGACAGUUGGAGGAAACGCUGAUAUCAACCUUGAUAUACCUGACUUGGAAAAUAUGAUGACAUCAAUCGGACUAGAUGAGUGGAACGCAUAUUGCACUGCCAAUAUAUCGCCAUCUCUGAAGUUUAUGGUGUUCGGCAAGGAAUAUGAAAUAAAUCUAGGAAACUUUAAAAACGCUCAGAUUGAAAUGUAUGCUUCUAUUGGUGGUGAACAAAGAUCAUGGUGCGGAGACGAUUCAAAUCCCCCCGGCGUAUUCUUUGUCACACCGAUUGAAAUUUCUUUUUUCGAUGAUGUUCCAAUACUUAAAGACUGGCAUACUUCAUUGAAACAAAAAGCAUACUUUUUUUCAACCUACGAGCCGGCAAACAUGCCAUUUGAACUUUUUCUGCGAAACUCUUUUUUAAGUAUCGACACCGUCAUUGAUAGAAUUAUUGAUUUAUUAAACAAUGGUUUAGAUGAACUACGUGAUAAAAACCUAUUUAGUAACACAACACUCACAAAUGUCGAUGAAACUUUGCAACUUCUAUAUGCUUUAAAGAACAAUAUUCAUAUAAUACUUGACGUAUUACCUGAUACAAGUUUUAAUGACAUGAAGUCAGAGUUAGACCAGCUAUUCCUUAUGUUUUCUGAUUUGGAUAAUAAGUUACUCUUGUUUUCUUAUGACACUGACUAUAUUGAGCAUGAGCAAUUCUCAAGUUUUAAUAGCCACUUAAUAGAGAAUGUCAAUGCUCUUAAGGAGGAAACAACGAAUAUUAUGAGAGACAUAACAAAAUCCCUGUUGAAACAAACUUCACCAUUUUCAGGUUUUGGCAUUAAAUACACGGUUAAUAUUGUUAUAAUAGCAAUUGACCUAGGUGAAUUUGACAUUGAAAUUGUACAUUCAACCGGCAAUCUUUUCAAGUGUAGCAGGUUUGAUCAAGUUAAAGAACAUUUUGCAGGAGAAGAAGCCAUGAGAAUUUUGGGACGUGCAUCUUUACCAAAGAUAUUGAAUAUUUUCUUUAAAUAUCUUGGAGGAGUAGGCAUUGGAGGGGCCCUAUCAACAAGUAGUGAUAAAUUUGUCUUCCAAUUACAACUGGUAGCUGAUAUUUUUGGAAUGAAAACCACAGCUGACUUGUUCGUCACGAAUAAUGGUAUCUAUUUAUAUCUUGAAGGAAAUAUUUGGGAUACUUUUCUUGUACAGCUUGAUAUCUCUGCAGAAAUGGGGAAGAAAUGAUAUGAGCUGGUGUUCAGGGUGGAGGGAAGAUUUGUUGCAAAUGCCAGUAAAAAAAGCGUCAAAUACAGACAAAUAAGUCUUCUUUUGACAGUAGCUAUAUAGAUGCUCUACAAAAGGUUAUUGCAAAAAUUGCUAAUAAUGCUAAAGAAAGAAUUACACAGGCACAAAAUGUAUUAUCGUCAGCCAGAAAAUCUUUAACAGAUGCCCAGUUAUGGUUUACUCAGAGGCAGGAUGAUUUAGAUAAUGCGUAUAUACAUUUUGAUAAUACAGUCAACAUCCUUGAAUCCGCAAAAGAAACGCUUGAAGAUGCAAAGAAACCUUAUGAAGACGCGCUUGAAAAGCUAAGAAAAGCUCAAAGAAAUGUUGAUAAUCUUUGUAUAAUCAAAACGUGUGCGAGUACCUGUGUAUUGCCUGAACUUGAAUGUAAAAUAUGCUACAAAGGUUGGUUUCCGUAUCCAUGCUGUAGAAAGACAGGCUGUUCACUUAGCAUAUCUGACCCAAUCUGUGUCGCAGCAAACGCGGCAUGCGAAGUACUGAGAAUUGUUGCAUAUGGUAGCCUAGAAGUAGCUAAAAUAUUUGUUAAGAUACCAAUAAUUGCUUAUGAUAUGGCAAAGGCUGCAGUAUCUGUUGCUCAAGCUGUAGUGGAUAAGGCACGGUUUACUAUUGCAAUUGCUGAAUAUGCUCUUGAAUUUGCAAAAACAGGCCUUGAAUUUGCUAAAGGUGUCCUUUAUGCAGCCUCAUUAGCAAUGGAAGGUGUUAAGAUUGCUCUUGGAGCAGCUGUUCAUGUAAUGAAUUUUGUAAUUGACUUCACUAUACAAGCUUUGAUUGACGUCAAAAACUGUGGGUUUGAUGUUGAAAUAUCAACUAAGGAUCUGCCAAUUUUUGCUGUAUUUUGCGAAGUUAAUGCUUUCAAUUUAGGCUGGAAGAAAGUGAUUAUAAAAGUUAAUUUUAAAAAUAUUUUUCAAAGCAUUCUCAAUGCAGCACGCAAAACGAUUGAUACGUUGAUGAACAUGAUUGGUGAUGAGUCUGAAAUAGGUCGAAAACGAAGAGAAAUAACAUUUAGAGCAUCCGCAAAGUUGCAUAGACGCCUUUUAAGAAAAAUACGGGAAGUUGGGAUUGAAGAAACGUUUGCGAAUGAAAGUAUUGAUAUUUCUUAUAGUAUAAUGGGUAUGGGACAAAACAUUGAUAAUGAUUAUGAUAGCAGAGUGCUUUUGUUUAACGAAAAGUGCCUGAAAAUAUCUGUUGUGAUAGAUUUUCUCCAAGAUUCAUUUAAGCAACUUCAAGGUAUCGUUAAUGAGUCCAUGCUUGCAGUCAAUGAAAUCAAUUCAAUUAUAAAUGAUCUGCAACAAAAUUCAACCACUGAAAUUGUCGGAAACAUGACCCUAGAAGAUUUAGGAAUAAACACGGAUACUGCAAAAAAUGAAUAUAAUAUGACGGACGAUGAGUUAGAAAAGAUAACGGCAAACAUCACUGAAUCAAUAGAAAACGACCCUCUUUUAAAUGAAAUCAAUGAGGUUGCAUAUUUUUCGAUCGAAAGUUUGAAUGAAAUGAUGCAAUCAUUAGAAGCAAUUAACUUUCUUGAUACCUGGCUGGUCACAAUGUCCAAUAUCACAGAGGACUAUUUCAAUGCCACAGAUUGUGCAGACUUCAAAGAUUGUGUAUUUUAUAGUAUAGCUAUGUUAUAUGACGUAUAUGAAGAAGAGGAAGUACCUGGAAUAAACGACAUAAGAGAUUCAAUCCUCGAUCUAGAAAAUACCGUGAUAGAGUUAUUUCAAAAUGAAACCCAAGCUAUAUAUGACAUUUCUAUUGCACUAGACUCUAUUACAUCAAAUGUAUCAUUUUUAGCCGAAGCUAAUCCUUUUUGUUCUUCGCCACCAACUUUCCUUUCAUCCCUGAAAAAUCAAACGGUUCUAAACUCAACAUAUGUUGUCCUUACAUGUAACGCUACGGGAGAUCCAUUUCCACAAUUUUGGUGGAUGAAGGACAAUGAAUAUUUACAUUCUGAGCACCAGAUGAAUAUAACAUUUUCAUCUGUUUCAACUAAUGAUGUUGGUAUAUACACAUGUAUCGCCGGAAAUGUUGUGGCUAAUUUAACAUCAGAAGAGGCUCAUCUUUCAGUUGUAUUAUACGAUGACGAUGAAUGUGAAACUAGAAAUGGAGACUGUGAGCACAUAUGCACCAACCUUAUCGGAUCUUACGAAUGCAGCUGUAGAAAUGGUUAUGCACUGGCAGAUGAUAGAAUAACUUGUUUGGGUGAACCAAGCAAAGACAAAUCAGAAGAAGAAGAAGAGGGGGAAGAAGUAAUGGUGAUAGCAUUAUUUGUAACCGGAGCUGUUGUUGUUCUUCUAGUUGCAUUUUCAAUUCUUGCCUAUGUGAAAAUAAGCAAAGUCAGAAUAAUUCCGAAUGAAGUUUAUGGUUCUAACAUUGAAGUGACUGACAUAGAAAGCAACGAAAAGAAGUCAUUACCUAACAGUCUGGCGGCAGAAAUUGAAAACCGCUCCCUAGGUCCAGAAAAGACAGCAUUCAAACAUCACAAAGUCGUAGCCUGGACAUAAAAAGUAUUAUCUAAAUAUACUGACGCAGUUGCGAUGAUGAUAUUGGAAAGUUGAACAAUAACAUGCAAACACAACAAAAAUGAUUUAUAGUUUUAUAAAAAUGUUUAUACACAGUGUCUAUGUUUGAUAGAGUUAUUAUUGUUUUAUGUUUGCAGCUGAUGGCACAUGUACAUAUUUUGUUGAUUUAUUACUAAUUAUUGACCACGUUUUUUCAAUAUUGUGUGUUGACUCUUUUUAAAAAUAUCUUCGCUAAACUAUAGUUGUUAUUGUUUUUUGUUGAUGUAAUUAUUGUAUUUUAUUAAUGAUUUCAUGGCAUAUGUAGUUAGAAAUAAGAGAAAAUUAAACUUUCCAAAACCUGUCAAUGUGAUUUUUACAUGCGGACAUGGAAAUAUUAUUUUGCAAUUUAAUAUAUAUGUCUGAUAACACUAUUGACAAUAUCUUACAUAAAAAGCGCAAAAUAUUUCUUUUGUUUAACAGGAUAUUUAUUAUAUUAAUGUAUUAGUUUAAGUUGUAGGAACCUUUUAAUAAAUGCUUCUCAAAUUUGUGAAUUCCGAUAAAAUGGCAUUUUAUAAUUUAUAAUUGUAAUAUUAUUAAAUUUUAUUAAUGAUAGUAAUUGUUUUAGUAAUAUAAUCACAUUUUAUUAGAUUCGAUAUAAAUGAGUUUAAUCUGACCCGAAGCGGCAGAGUCUUGUAUGAUUAGUAUUGAAGACGCAUGAUUUACUGCGGAAUGACACGAUUUGUUAAUAAAUAUACAAGUGCAUGAAACAUUCACGUACAUCAGCCUAACACAUUAUGAUCUUGUUUUGUUGCAAAACAUUCUGAUUUACAUUUUCAACAAAUGGAAAAGACAAUGUUUCUUAUCUCCGUAUACAAAUAACGGGCUUUACAACUGUCUGCUUGCAUUUAAUGAGAGUAAUAUUAAUAGACUUUAUAUCGUGGAACCAGGCUAAAAUUCAAUCCUUUUUCAUCUAAAGAGCACUGUUUUGCAUAGGACAAAACGCAUUGGCGUAAAAGCUGUUGCAUUGCAUUGUCCUAAAACAUCUUAUUUUUCUAUGUAUUGGUUUUUUGAAGAAAUUUAAUAUUCUUUUUAAAAGUUUUUUUUAUAUUUUGUAUUUUUCUAAUGAAAUGAUUGAGAUAGUGCUGUGUGGGUGGAGUUUUGGCUUCAAAACCGUUAAUAGACGCUUUUUUUAUAUUUUGUUUUUAAGACAUAAAAGGCUUUAAUUCUUUAUUUGUUGAUACUUUGAAUACUAAGAUUUUACACAUAUAUCGUUUAGUAAUUAAUUAGCUAUACAUGUAUUAUCAUUGUUUAUUGCCUCAUAGAGGGAUAAUAGUCGAGUGUCGAGUAAAGAACGGUGAUGUUUAAGAUAGGAUAUAAAUGAACAGAUGGUUGUUGUUAAAAGAAAUUUAGCUAACACUUUCCGGUCCCGUCCAUGAAAAGACUCAACCAAACCAAGCCUGCAAUAUUUUCACUUUUGCUGUCUUUGACGUUCUUUAAGGAUUUCUUUGUUUUACUAUUUGUACAGAUUUCGUAAUUUUGAUUAUUGAAAAGAUUUAGAGUUUUUGCUGUGCUUUUAGUUUUUGUUGAUUGAAUUUCGUUUUACUUUUUUAAGAAUAUAUUUGUGAAUACUAGUGAUCUAAACAUAUGAGUUUUUAAUAAGACCAUGUAUUAUAUUAUCUAUAAAUAACUUUGAAAUUUCUUUCCCUGAUAGACUUAGAAGCAACAUUUUGUUAUGAAUAACAGGUCAAUAUCAGAGUAUAGUCAUCGUUUUUUUUCUUCUAAAAAUAGAUUAUCAGAGUAUAGUCACCGAUUUUUUUUCUGGAAAUCUCCCAAAAGGCGGGAGGCGUCACGUCACACCAAGUUUGAUAAAAAGGUGAAGUGCAAUGGGAAUAAUAAAAAGUGUUUUGCAUGUCUCCUCUGCGCCACCGUAAUAUUCUAUUAAUCAUUUUGAUCUGUAUCGGUUUUAGAUAAUGAUCGUAUAUAAUUAUAUUCGCCACUCUAUAAUGUAUUAUAUACAUCAUGCAUGUAUAAUUAUAUAUACCAAAGCAAAUGUGAUUACUAUAUAUUAUACAUGUAAUCUUACGUAUGUUUUAAAUAUUUCAUGAAAGCAAGUUUAUUUUUCAACUGAGAAUUUACGUCGAGCGUUAAUUAGUGUAUUUUGUAUUCAACCGACGUCGUAUCCUUCCACUGACAACUUAAGAUCAAACCCAGUUUUGUUGUGUGUGUUUUUUGUGUAAACUUGCAAUAUGUUUUGUAAAUAUGUAGUUGGUACUUCAUUAAUUAAAUAUUUAGCUAUA